CGCACGCCUUUGAACGAGUUGUUCAAAAAGGAAACCAGUGAAUUCUACAGCGUCAUCUGGUUGCUAUUAGAAUCUGAAUUGAGAAGUCUCAAAUCUUUGCUCUGCUGGCAGGUUUCAUCACCAAUUAAAGAGGCAACCAUGACUUUGGACAAAUUGGUUAUCAAGUGUGGAAACUUUGCAGUCUUGGUAGAUUUCCAUAUUGCAUCUCAGGACCAUAUGUGGUUUUCUGAUCAUCAGAGAGAGGAAGUCUGUCUUCUGCUGAAAGAUGCAGUUGAAUCAAGAGUAAAACAGUACUUGAAAGCACGUAAAUUGCACGGCCGGUGCAAGCAAACCGAACAUGGAGAAGCUAAUUCUUUGUCUUUAAGAGCGGACGAGUUUCAAAUUUCAGCUUACUUUGUCAAAAGAUGGGCUAAUCUGCGAUGUAUUGGGCAACAGCACGGUGAAUUGCGUGUAUUUCCGGAUCGUUUUGUGAUUUAUGUCUCAAGAUUUGAACCCAAUCCAUCUUCUUGGGUCAGAGAAAGUGUGGCAUUGGAGGAGAAUCUAUUCACCAAGGUGUCUGAAUAUUUUCAAGGUUCAGCUGAAGAUAGAAAAUGCCAGAUUUCCCUGACUCAACAGGAAAAACAAGACACUCUAAAAAAGUUAAUGAAGAGGGCAACACAUGCUAACAAGAAGAAACCUCAGCCCAGGAUGGCCACCACGAAAGUAUAUCUUGGCUCACCAGAUUCAGACACGGAGUAGGAAGAAUGCAUUUCAACCAGUUCGAUGCCUCAGCCUGAACUGAAAAUGUAGGCUUAAAGCACAAUCAAAAGAUUUCAUAAAUACAGCUGAGAGCAGCUUGGGACUUCCUGUUUCAGAAUGGGCAAUGAUGCAGACUGGAGACAGCCAAGCAACGCUAACAGCCAGCAAAAACUUCAUUUGUGGAGUGGUUAGACAUGACUUCUCUGCAGGAACCCUCAGUGGUGCUAUGAGUCAGCACUGCCACAGCCAAACCAAAGUCAAAGGGUGACUGAAAGAACUGAAAUAGUGCGCCGAGUAGGCAGGAGCAAGAGGAAGAAAGAUGUCUCCAAGGCCAGGAUCACCCAGUUCCCAGAGGCAAGCGUCCUACUCGGGGUUCAAAGCCCUCUUCUGGAGAAGUCCCCACCAAAUCCCACAUCGUGAUCCAAAUAAGACUUGGCAGGAUUCACGUCUGAUGGAGAAUUGCUGACUUAAAUCAAAAAACUUCCCCUGAGACUGGUUUUAUGAGAAGUGCUACAACGUUGGGUCACCAAGUAGUCCUUAAUGUUUCACUCCUGAAAUAUGCCAAGCCAAGAGAGAAAGGGUUUGAGAGAAAGGCAGAGAUCCAAAAACAGAGGGAAAGGAAAAAGGUAAAACCUACAAGAAAAUCUGUGCCUUCUUCUGGUGCUCCCUUAUCCCUUUUACAUGUGUCACAUGUAACGAACAACUGGACUUUGCUGAACAUUUGAAAACAAUUCCUGAACUAAUUAAGAAGUCUGAGAUUUUUAGGGGCACUGAAAUAAGCAGGAUUCCGGUUGCAUGGGAGUCAAGGAUAGCUCCAUAACUUGAAUCGUAAGGAAUCCUUCUUAGUUCUCUUUCCUUGGCAUAUAAUUGACUGACUUGAAGUUUCUUCAUCACAAUGGCAGAAAUCUGUUUUAUGGUCCUUUGUCUGCUUAGCUCUUUUCAUAGUCCUGUUUUUAUUUAACAGUACAGUGGGAAAUA